GCCUUCUACUGUGCCGUUUAUCCCUGCAGGAGAGUCGGAGAGGUUGGUCGCUGAGGCUGAGGACCUAUUGGAGGGGGCUACGGUUGGUGGCCAUGCGGUACAGCUAGAGGUGCCAGCUGCUGUCACUUCACCGAAGAAGAAGAAGGCGACUAGGAAGAUGGCGCAUAAGGAGGCAGUGGAGGCAGCAGCAGCUGUGGAGGAGGAGGAGUCGGCGUCAUCAGAGUCUGAAGGGGAGGGGGAGGAGACCCAACAGGACCUGGUCCGGACUGCUUUUGGUAUCAAGGGGGGCGCAGAAUCAUCGUAUGCCCGGGAAUGGGUGGAGGAGCUGGAGGCGAAGGAUGAGGCGGAGAGGUUGGCUGAGGAGGAGGCCCUUGGGGUUAAGGAGCUGCCGGGGUGGGGGAGUGGAUGGACUGGUGCUGGUGUGGUGGAGAGGGAGAAGAAGGAAGAGAAGAAGAGUGCAGUGGGGAAGAAGAGGCGGCGCCGAUUUACGGAUGUUAUGGUGAAUGAGGAGUCGGUCAGUAAGAAGGCAGCUAAGAAGUAUCAACUGUCGCAGGUCCCUCGAUCGAUCGGUGGUAAGGCUGUGGCAUACGAGAGGGAGAUGUCGCGUCCUCUGGGUCCGGAGUGGCAUUCUGCUCAAGCUCACGAGAGGCUUAUUCAACCUAGGGUUAUUACUAGGGUUGGAGAGGUCAUCGCUCCGCUGCAACGGUAUAAGAAGUCUCUGGAUGCGGCCAGUAAGAAGAACAUUUUGGAGGCGUAUAGCGAGCGGAAGGCGAACGCGCCCUCUCAUCACCGCACUAAGGCUCGGAUGUGAUCUCUUCAAACGUUACUAACUCGACACGGCUGGAGGUGUGGUUGUUCCUUAUUGCCUCAUACGUGGACGGUCGUCGUACCUUCCACGAAG